UUCGAACGUAGUUUAAGUAUAACCAUCGAACUGUUGAGUUGAAGCAAGAGUGACGGUUGACGCGACUCAUAUAUAAAUAUUAUUAUAAAAUAAAAUUUAAUUUCAUAUACAAAAUGAAACAAUUCACUGUUUGUGCCAUUGUUGCUGCAUUACUUGUAGUUUCAACCAACGCUCAAAAGGGAUUCACUUGUCCUAAACCAAACGGUGAAUUUGAACAUUCACUUCAAUGUGACAAAUACUUCUCCUGUUCUGAUGGCGUGGCCACCGAAAAGACCUGCCCCGAUGGUUUAGUGUUCGAUCCAUUGAUCAGGAAGAUCAACAAAUGUGACCAGCCCUUCAAUGUUGACUGCGGAGAUCGUACUGAACUUCAACCACCAAAAUCAAAUGCAUUGUGCCCACGUAAGAACGGUUUCUUCCCACAUCCUGAUGAGACUAUUUGCAACAUUUUCUACAAUUGCAUUGAUGGUGACGCCACCGAAAUGAAGUGUACUGUUGGUUUAUGGUUCGAUGAUUAUACCGGAAACUGCGUGUGGCCCGAUUCUACCGGACGUACUGGUUGCAUUGAUGAAGCCAAAAAAAGUCCCGAUGGCUUUGUUUGCCCAAAGGACUCAGCUAAGACCGAUCGUUCAGGAAAUGCUGUUGCCCAUCCUAAAUACGCCCAUCCUACCGAUUGCCAAAAAUUCUACGUGUGCUUAAACGGUGAAGAGCCACGUGAUUUGGGUUGCCAGGUUGGUGAAGUAUACAACGACGAAACAGAACGUUGUGAUGCUCCCGAAAAUGUUCCCGGAUGUGAAGAUUGGUACAAAGAGGGUGAUGAGAAAGAUAAUAAGAAAAAUUAAGCUGUGAAUCUGUUAAAUUUUUUUUGUUUUAUAUAAUUUUAUAUUUUAGUCGUAGCUAUAGUAUACUCUAGAAUAUAAUGAUAUAUGUAGGUUUUCUAAAAAAAAGAUAAACCUUUUCCUAAAUUAAGAUCUUAGGUUUUCUUCUAGGAGAAAAAUUUAUAUACUUUUUAUUUUUUUUUUUAAUAUUUUAUUUUUUGUUUCAUUUGAAAUUUUAUUUUAUAUUUUUUUUGUGUCGUUGACUGCUAUUUAAGAGAAUAAUUUUCUGUGACUGAUAUUUUACUUUUUAUCUUCCAACAUUUUCCAACUAAAUUUAUUUUCUUUUCUCGAUAUUAUUUCUUGUUUCAUUAUGUUUUAAAAUGUAGAACUUGUAGAUCUUUUAACUUUAAAUCGAAAUGAAAACACUCUUUCCAUGUUGGUUAAGAACUUUAUGCACAAUAAACCUUUUAUUUUCUAGCUUAUUAAAAACAAGUGUACCUAUCUAUACCUUACUACCUAUACAUACAUAAAACACAAAUUGUUUAAUAUCACAUAAAAUCACAAUUAUUUUAUACCUUAGACACAAUAAAAAAUCGUUUUAUUUUUUUUAUAAAUCGUAAAAAUUUAUUGGUUUUGUUUUCAUUUGUUUCUUCAUUCUUACUAAAUUUUUCUUUCUUAACUAACUUUUUUAAAAUGUUUCGGAUGAGUCUCUGCCUCUUCCAUCUUUUUACGUUAUAUUUAUUCUAAACUUUUCCCCAAUCAAAUCUAUUUUUUUGUUCAUGUUUCAUUAUUAACUUCAUUUAUUUCUUAACCUAUACUUGAGGUGGUAACUAUCUCAAGUUAUUUAGUUUUUAUAAGACCCCAUACAAGACUUCUAAAAAAAGACCCUACAGAAUAUAACCACUACUACAUAUUUAUUUUAUUAUCAUUUCAUAAGUUCACCCCUGAAAUCUCAAUGAACACAUAAUUAUUUUCUUUGAACACAACCAUUAACGCAAACACGGUUGAAUAGUAUCUACUUUCCCUAAACUUUAAGGCCUAUGCACAAUAUUAGAAUUUCUUAAAAGAUUCUUUUCUUUUAAUAGUUUUUAUUUUUCAUGGCUUAACUCUAUU